AUGGCGGAGAAGAUCCUAAUGUCCGAGUUCAAGGCCCUCUCCAAGGAACCCUGGACCAACAUCGAGCUCAUCAACGAGAACAUCUUCGAGUGGCAUGUCGCCCUCAUGGUCAUCAACCCGGACUCGAUCUACAAUGGUGCCUUCUUCAAGGCCAAGAUGACAUUCCCUCGCAACUACCCCUACAGCCCUCCUGAGUUCAAGUUCACCUGCCCCAUGUUCCACCCGAAUGUCUAUCCCGACGGCAAACUCUGUAUCUCAAUCCUCCACCCUCCUGGCGAAGACGAAAUGUCGGGCGAACUCGCUGCCGAACGCUGGUCGCCUGCUCAACGCGUCGAGUCCGUCCUCCUCAGUAUCAUGUCCCUCCUCGACGAUGCCGAACCCUCCUCACCAGCCAACGUCGAUGCUGGAGUCAUGCUCCGCAACCAUCCCGAGGCAUACAAGCAAAGAGCUCGUCAAGAUGUCGAGGCUAGCAAAGCCGACAUUCCCGAGGGCUUCGUCAUGCCUACAGAACAUGCCACCUACAAGCCGGAAGUCGAGGACAAUUUGUUCAGCUGGAGCGACUCAGAAGUCGAGGAUGACUUUGACAACGACAGCGACGCAGAGAUGACUUUCGACGAGGAUGAUGAAGAUGAUGAGCAGCAAGUGGCCAGCGACAGCGACGACUGA